AUGAAAAAAAUCGAUGCUCAAGUUUCAUUUGGUGGUGUGAACGUCAUCUUCUUUGGUGAUUAUUUACAAUAUCGGCCAGUCUCUGAUUCACCAUCGCAUACUGAUUUUUCAUUAUCAUCAUCAUCAAAAAAGAAACAAGGAAAAAUACCAUCUGAAAAAGAAAUUCAACAACGUGUUUCACGUUCUUUAAUUCUUCAAAUGAAUUGUGUGGUAAAGCUUACACAACAGAUACGAACAGAAGAUAUACGAUAUCUUCAAUUACUCGAUCGGCUUCGUCAUGGACAAUGCAAUUAUGACGAUUAUGAAUUAUUGCAGACACGAGUUGUUGGACAACCAUCAAUAGAAUCUCUGCAUGAUUCGCCAUGGAACAAAGUAAAUAAACUUUUNAAUAUCUAA